UUACAGAAGUUGUCGCUCAGUGCAUGACACUCGACGAAGAGCUGACAGACGCCACUGACAAGAUAGCAAGAAAAGCUAUUAUUCUCCGCCAUCUUGAAAAAGUGGACUCACUGAACUUUGUAAUUCCUGAUUUCAAAGCAGGUCUUGAUUGGCUGAAUGUUCCGGAACCAUUGUCACUGACCAAUCAGCUUGCAGGAAAAGUGUUGGUGCUGGACUUCUUCACUUACUGCUGCAUCAACUGUAUGCAUGUGCUGCCUGAUUUGGAGCACUUGGAGUCAAAGUUCAAGGUCAAGGAUGGAGUCAUAAUUGUUGGUGUUCAUUCAGCCAAAUUCCUGAAUGAGAAAGUUACAGCAAACAUUCUCAGUGCUGUUCUUAGGUAUAACAUUGAACAUCCUGUUGUCAAUGAUUCUGCGUUGCUAUGGCAACAGCUGGAGAUCAGCUGUUGGCCUACAUUCCUAUUGGUUGGUCCCAAAGGUCGGUAUAUCUAUGCAAUGGUGGGUGAAGGUCAUCGGGAUAAACUGGAGGAAUUUGUUGGCAUAGCACUGGAAUAUUACAAGGCUAAAAAUGAGGUGAAGGAAGCAGAUAUUCCCCUGAGUCUAGAGAAACACAAACAGCUGGGAUCGCCCCUUAGUUUCCCGGGGAAGCUGUGUCUGACGGAGGAUGGGGACCUGGUGGUGGCAGACACAGGGAACAACCGGGUGUUGGUGCUGGAAGCGGACACUGGCGUUGUGCAGUGUGUCAUCGGCGGACCAGAUCGAGGGUUUAAAGAUGGCAAUUUCUCCAAUGCAAAGUUUUCCUCUCCCCAGGGGGUGGUAGUAUGGGGGACGACGGUGUACGUGGCAGAUACAGACAAUCACUCAAUACGACUGGUCGACCUGAAGACUAAGACUGUAAGGACGAUAGCCGGGACAGGCCAGCAGGGGACAGACAUGGAAGGAGGUAGCAUUGGUCCUCAGCAGCCAUUGUCCUCCCCAUGGGACCUGGUUCUAGGAUGGGGUCAAGGUGACAUUUCCCCUAGUGUGCUAUACAUCGCAAUGGCUGGGACUCAUCAGAUCUGGGUGUACUUCCUGCAGGACAGGAAGUGGUACAAGAAAGCAGGUGAUGAGUACAAGGCUGGCACAUGUAUCAGGUUUGCCGGUUCCGGUAAUGAAGAGAACCGGAACAACAGCUACCCCGCUAAAGCUGCCUUUGCCCAGCCAUCAGGCCUGGCAGCAUCUCCACCUGACAAGCUGAACGCCCUCUACAUUGCUGAUGCUGAGAGCUCCAGUGUACGAACAGUCCUGCUUAAGGAUGGUGCCGUGCGAGCACUGGUGGGCGGGGAGAGAGAUCCUAUGAAUUUGUUUGCCUUCGGUGACGUUGAUGGAGUGGGUGUGGCUGCGAAGUUGCAGCAUCCCCUUGGGGUGGCGCUGGCCGGAGAUGAGGGACCAUUGCUAGUAGUCGACUCCUAUAAUCAUAAGCUGAAGAGUAUUGAUCUGAAGACAAAGGAAUGCACCACUGUGAUUGGUCUGCCGGAGGAAGGGAGACAACUCAAUGAACCAGGUGGACUCUGUGUGAACACAAAAAAGGGCAUGGUCUAUAUUGCUGACACAAACAAUCAUGCCAUCAAAGUGUAUAACUUGGAGAAGAAAAUCCUAACCCAGCUCCCCAUUAUAUUGGACUCUUUCCCUGAGAAGUCAGAGAAGAUUGACAACGCAGAUCCUGCUCCUGUUGACGGUGUGCUUGCAUCCAUAGAGGUCAGACCUGGAGGUCACCUUGACCUGACCUUGACAGUUGACCUUGAUGUGGAUAAUCACUUGAAUGAGGAAGCACCCAACUCAUGGAAACUCCAAAGUCAAGAUGACCUUGGUACACUCAUCAUUAAUAACAACAGUGUAUCUAAAGGAAAGCUCCGACCUGAAACUAAGCAACGCUUCAUACAGCUACAAAUUCCUAACUCUGAAGAAAGCCAAUGUAACUUGACCUUCACCUUCCAACUGUUCAUGUGUGCAGCAGACAACACGUGUAGCAUAGUGAGGAAGGUGACAUUGCUGCCUCUGACGCUGUCCCAUGCAGCUGCUGAAACAGCCAUGGCAGACAUCAAUCUUUCUCUGAAAUCUUAACAAAUGACAGCAACAGAACAGAACAGCAGAUGUCAGUCUUUCACUCGGGGUUGAACAGCAGACAUCAAAUGUCAGUCUUUCACUUGGAUUUUAACGUCAGAUGUCAGCCUUGAACUUGAAUGUUAACAACAGACAGCAGACGUCAAAUGUCAGUCUUUCAAUUGGAUUUUAACAUCAGACAGCAGACAUAAGAUAUCAGCCUUUCUUUAAGAUUUUAAAAGCAGACAUAAGAUGUCAGCCUUUGACUUGGAUUUUAACAACAGACAGCAGAUGUCUGCCUUUAUCUGAGAGCUGAACAUUUUACAACAAAAGGUCAGACUUAAUCAGAGAUUUUAACAACAGAAAA